GUGGUAUGGAACUGCUACAUAAUGUACUUCAUUUUAACAUUAGCAAGCUUCAAAGAAUCUUAAUACAUCAUUCGUUACUGCGGCCUCUUUCUCUAUAGAACAUCCUUUGAUUCGUUCAAGUUACCGGAGUAAUCAUAUCAUUAUUUAGCCAUGAUAUAGCCUGCAUUACCCGCAACAGUUACUGGUACAACUACCAAUAUGGCUGGCAACAACGUCCUCUCUCUCUUGGGGUGGACAUUCCUCCCGAACCUUGUAACAGGUUGGGUGCAGUCCAUCUAUUAUGGCAUAACGAUUCGCGCCGGCGACCGCAAGCCCGCGCCCGGCACACCCCGCUAUGCUGAGCACCGUCGCCGUAUCCACAUCCUCGUCGUGUCCCUGUAUCUCCUCUACACCAUCUACGAGGCCGACUACGAGAUGCGCCGCGCCUCCGACUACUACGUCGACCUCGGCGUCCCCUUCUCUGCCUCCGAGCGCGACAUCAAGAGCCGCUUUCGCCGCCUCGCCGCCCUUCACCAUCCCGACAAGGUGAUGAGCUCUGGGGCCGCCGACGGGACUGAAGCCGACUACUUCAUGCACCUCAAGACCGCCUCCGAUACCCUCGUCGACCCCGCUCGACGUUUUGCCUACGAACGCUUCGGCCCCGACGUCGUUAGCUGGAAGCAUUGCGUUACUGUGCACGACUACGUCGUCCGCGGUGCCCAGGUCUUGAUACCCUAUUACGGCUUCGCCGCCGUAGCUAUGUACGUGCUGGGGCUCCUGGGCUAUCUCGACUGGGGACGAUACUGGCGAUGGCUGACCUUGGUCGUGCUGUGUGUUUUCGAACUGCACACCGUCACGCGCCCGUCUUUCCCGCGCUUCCUAGACAACUUCGUGAACCCGAUGCUCACGCGCUUCACUACCCACCCGCCUUACCUGCCCUUCCAAGUUAUUUCGCUCGCGCGCAAGUUGAGUAUCACGCUGUACAUAGCCUUUUCGCAGAUAGGUCCACUACUACAGCCUCCCGACAGGCGGGGGACAAGGCCUGGGGAGGCGUCGGAGAAGCAGCUAUCGCAGAAUCUAGACAGGCUCGAGCAGACGGCGCGGAGCAUGGACGUCGACGCGACGCGGCUUAUGGAACUGGAGAUGGCGCCCUUCGUCGGCGACCCCGAGGUGAUAAGCACCAUGCGGAUGAAGCUCAAGGAAUGGCUUGUUCAGAACACGAUCCGGGCUGAUCCGAUGGUGAAGGACGCUUUGGGACGGUCGUUCCAGAAGCGGAGAGUAGACGCUCCUGCUGGGGCUAAGGGUAAUAGGUGAUGAACCACACAUAGAGCAUUCACUUAAUUAGCGAUUGUAUACACGAGCCUACAUGAUUGGUUUAGACACUGCCAUUCUCAUAUUAUCAUGACUAA